AUUUAUAAUAGAAAUAUCUUAAGCGUUGCUGGUAAUAUAAAUGUGAUAUACACAUCUCUGUAAAAAUGAAUAAUUAGUGUGCUUUUCUUUAAACUAGGACCAACUGCACACCUAUUAUACUGUUAUGUUGCAAGAUGUAAUUGGAAAGACUUUCCGACUUCUGGGGUAUACCAUUCAGUAUGGGUGCAUAGCCCAUUGUGUUUUUGAAUAUCUUGGAGGAAUUGUGAUGGUAAGUUAAAAGAAGCUAAUUUUGAUUCAAACAAGUAUAUAUUAGUUUUCCAUAAAUGUUAGCAGCCACUUUUAUCGUAUUCAGAAAGGUGAUAUUGUCAUUGCAAAAAACCCAGCUGACCCCAAAACAAAUAUUUGUAAAAGAGUAAUGGGCCUGGAAGGAGAAAAAGUCUGUACAAGCAAUCCCUCAGAUUUUAUAAAGACCCACAGUUAUGUACCUAAAGGACAUGUUUGGUUAGAAGGUGAUAAUCUCACGAAUUCUACAGAUUCCAGGUGUUAUGGUCCUGUUCCAUAUGGAUUGAUAAGAGGACGAAUUUGCUUUAAGCUUUGGCCUUUGACGGAUUUUGGAUUUCUGCGUUCAAGUCCCAACAGUCACAGGAUUUGUAAAGGCUAAUUGAUUUAUCUUGUCAUCUUUUUUAAUCUUUCAAAUGUGAUUUAUAUUUUUAUAUUCAAUAAAUGAUGUAUCAUGA